UCUAGGAGCGAGUCAAGGCCAGGUUUUUAGAUUUAGGAGGGACUCUCAAGGCCAGGUUUUUAGAUCUCGGAGCUUAGUGGAGAGGAAAGGCAUUCUAUGGCGCAGGAAAAUCCCAAGAGCGGACUGAAGCACGUAUUGCUGGCGAGAUUCAAGCCCGAGAUCUCGGAAGAAGAGGUUGCAUCUCUGAUUGCUGGUUACGAGGCGCUUCCACAGUCGAUUGAAGCGAUGAAAGGCUUUGAGUGGGGCACCGAUGUGAGCGUGGAGAACCUCCACCAGGAUUUCACUCAUGUUUUCACCUCCACUUUCGAGUCUCCGGAGGGGCGAGAUGCGUACCUUGUCCAUCCCGCGCACACGGCCUACGCAAAUAAGCUCCUUCCGGCUCUGGACAAGGUGAUCGUUUUGGAUUUCCACCCAAAGGUUGUUUGUCAUCGCAGCUGAACCAAAGCUGUUGAAUCUAAAAGCUUUCCAAGUUUUUCCUA